AUGGUUGGCGAUCACAGCAUGGAGAAGGCCACCGAUGCGAUCUCACAUGGUAUUGAAUCCCGGGACCACGAUGCUCCUGUGCUCAAGGAGGAGGUACAGCUUAAUGUGGGCGGCCGUGGAGCCACACAGCGACGUCUCAAAAAUUACCAGGUCAACAUGAUCGGGUUCUGCGGUGGCAUUGGGACUGGCCUGUUUGUGGGCACUGGCGCCGCCUAUGCCAAUGCCGGACCGGCAGGUCUGCUGCUGGCGUACCUGGUGGUGGGAUUAGUGCUGUGGUGUGUGAUGCAAAGCAUCGCGGAGCUGGCCACACUGCUGCCCACGGCGGGCUCCUUCCCUCACUGGGCCACGCGCUUCAUCGACCCGGCUGUGGGCUUCUCGCUGGCCAUUUCGUACGGAUACUGCUACACUAUUGCCAUUGCGUCAGAGGUGUCGGCUGCGGCGGUGAUUGUCUCUUUCUGGACAGACAUAACGCCCGCGGUGGUCAUUACCGUGGGUUUGGUCUUGAUCCUGGCCAUCAACCUAAUGAAUGUGCGCUUCUAUGGUGAGACUGAGGUCGUCGCUGGCGCCAUCAAGGUGCUCUGUUUCGUCGGCCUGGUGGUGGUGUCCAUUGUGAUCACCUCCGGUGGUGGCCCCCAUCACAAGGCGAUCGGGUUCCGCUACUGGAACAACCCAGGCGCAUGGACCGACUAUAAUGGCAUCACGGGCCCGGCAGGCCAUUUCCUCGGAUUUCUGUCGUCGUUUGUGAACGCCUCGUUCAGUUUCGUCGGUGUCGAGACGGUCGUCAUCACCGCUGCAGAGUCUGUCGACCCACACCAUGCCAUCCCUAAGGCCGCUCGGCGCGUUACCUUCCGCAUCGCCUUCUUCUACAUUCUGGGGGCGUUCCUCAUCGGGCUGAUCGUGAAUCCCACCAAUCCAGCGCUUGUCUCCGGCUCCAACAACGCUAACAGUUCACCCUGGGUCAUUGCCAUCCGAGAGGCGGGCAUUAGCGCCUUGCCGUCUAUCGUGAACGCCUGUAUUCUCGUAUCUGCCUGGUCUGCUGGAAACUCGUACUGCUGGGUCGGCUCGCGCAUGAUCCUGGCCAUGACGACGGAUCGCCAGCUGCCCCAAGUCUUCGGCCGGGUCACCAAGAAGGGGGUGCCAUAUGUAGCGGUCAUUGCUUCUUGGCUGUUUGGGCCAUUGGCAUAUCUAAGUCUCGGGUCGGGCGGCGCGGCGCAGGCUUUCGCAUGGCUGUUGAAUUUGAGCACCAUCGCGGGCCUCAUUGCAUGGGCGACGCUCUGCUUCUGCUACAUCCGGUUCUACGCCGGGCUGAAGGAACAAGGCAUCAGCCGCAGCUCUCUGCCCUGGCAGGCCCCGUUCCAGCCGUACGCAGCGUGGUUUGGCUUCAUCGGGUCCACCAUCAUCACUUUCGUGGCCGGAUUUCCCGUCUUCCUCAAGGGCAACUGGUCCACGUCGAACUUUGUCGCGUCGUACGUUGGCAUUCCAAUCUUCAUAGUGCCCAUUAUCGGCUGGAAGAUCAUCCAUCGUACGAAGUUCGUCCGAGCCUCCAAUAUUGAUCUAUGGUCUGGCCGUCUCCAGGAAGGUGAGAUCAUCGAGCACACCGUCCCGCCGACAGGCCUGUGGGGGAGUUUCGUAGACUGGCUUUUCUGA